UCGUCGGAGCGGAGCGUUGUUAAGGGACAAGCAGCAGAACCAGCCUAGGGUGUAUUUUUUUUUAAAAUUUCCUUCACAGUUUAGCAUUAUCAGGAAAACAUAAUGGCGGAUAAAAUGGAUAUGUCUCUAGACGACAUUAUCAAGCAGAACAGGCAGCAGAGAGGUGGAGGACGGGGCGGAAGAGGCCGAGGCCGCGGAGUCUCCGGCGGUGGACGAGGAGGCCCCGGGCGGCUUGCAGUCAGCGGCGGCGGAUUCGGAGGCCGAGGCGGCGGAUCCGGGCUCAUGAGAGGCCGGCAGAGCCUGAGCCGCGCUAGAGGCAGACCAACGCCUUACAGCAGGCCCAAACAGCUUCCAGAAAAGUGGCAGCAUGACAUGUAUGACAACGGCUUUAGCGGCUUCAGUGGCCCUGCUGGAGGAGCCGGUGUGGAGACUGGAGGGAAGCUCCUUGUCUCUAAUCUGGAUUUCGGGGUCUCGGAUGCUGACAUUCAGGAACUUUUUGCUGAAUUUGGGACUCUAAAAAAAGCUGCAGUUCAUUACGACAGAUCAGGAAGAAGCCUGGGGACAGCAGAUGUCCACUUUGAAAGGAGGACAGAUGCCCACAAGGCCAUGAAACAGUACAAUGGCAUCCCUCUUGAUGGGCGGCCUAUGAACAUACAGCUCGUCACAUCACAGAUUGAUACACAGAGGCGGCCUAUGCAGGGUCUGAACAGGGGGGCUGGAGGAGGCAUGAACAGAGGCCGUGGGGGGGGCUUCAGAGGCAUGCCGAGAGGCCGCGCAGGACGUGGGGCAGGCGGUACUGGAGGAAGAGGUCGGGGUGGUCGUGGCGGGAGUAGCAAACAGCUAUCGGCAGAAGAACUUGACGCACAGUUAGACGCCUACAAUGCCAGUAUGGACACCAGCUAAGAAUUGACCAUCUGGUUUUGUUAUCCCUUCCUGUCUGCACAGAAGGGUAGUUGUUACUAAUGUGCAGCAUAUUUUACACAUGGUUGUCUUCUGAUGUGAUUGAAAUUAUUGUUCCAACCUCUUCUUUUAAACGCCCGAAGUGUUUUUUACCAGUAUUUUUGUUUUCCCCUUUUUUUCUUGACAAAAUGGUUUUGGCUGUAGGUUCAUGUGAAUUGGGGUUAUCCUCGUUCUUUCUUCUACCAUGUAGUUAAUGACACUUGUAAUAAAACCUACAGUGCAUAUUAACCAAAUAAUGUCUCUGUUUCUAUGUCCACAUCUUUGUUAAUUUUUCUUAAGGCAAAGUCUUGUGCUAAGCUUAAAGAAUUUUUUUUCAGUUGAUGUGUGAUUGCAUGAAAUCCAGCUUUCCAUUUGAUCUUAAGCAAUACCUCAAUUUGAAGUACAUGAUACAGUUGCCUACAUGUUGUGUUGUGAUCCUUUUGGAAUAAACAUUUGUGUUUUUGCAACAUA